AUCUUCACCAUUCUUUCUCGUUCAGUGCCUUUGUUUCUUUUAGAUUUUGUGAUUUUGGCAAAACAAAAUGAAAAUUUAGAACUCAAAAAAUACUCCUACAUUGAUUUGAUAUUUUUCUAUUGUUCCCAUUUUCAUAAUUUAUUGAGGGUUGUAAAACUUUUUAUUUCAUUAAUUUUGAUAAAUAAAAAAGACAAUGAAGGCAAAAAUAGGACAAAAUAAUAUUAGCCUAUAAAGACAAACUAUUUUUUGGUGUAUAUUUCCAAUUUUCCUUAAUUUUUCUGUAGAUAUAAAUUUAUUAUGUUAGUUAAAUUUCAUUGUGUAUAUGUUAAUUAAAUCAUGUGAGUAUCAUUCCAAUCAGAUUCAUUGUUCUCAUGAGAUGGCUUUAAGUUGUUCUCUACUUAAACCCUUUGCCGAAAACCAUAGUUCAGUCAACUAUGUGCAUGCUUUCCUCUUCAUGCAUCUCUAUUCAGGCAUCUGAUAUGUUUUCAAAGCGCGAAGAAGUAAUCAUCAAAAUUUUGAUGGAGCUGUAUAGAGCCACAAAAGUUACUCAUCUCACUCCAUUCCCACAUGCUUCAGCAAGUGUAGUUGUCUUACCUAUGGCUAUUGGUGUACUUCUAUGAUUUGUUUAGUUGAAGAAAAAGCUUCUCAAGAAGCAGUUAAAGUGAUAAGACACACGUGUCACUUUUCUAUUUGGAGUCGUAUAGGUGGAAACAUGUUUAUCACACAAGGCGGUAGAAUUCUUUAGUGAAUCAAACUCCACUCCUCAUUUGAAAUGUAAAUAUUUUAUUCAAAUAGUAUUAAACUCUAAGAUUUUUGUUACUAUUCAUCAAAAAUUACAUUGCAAGUCACAUUUUGAGUUUAUAAUUACAACAUUAGUUACAUUCUACUUAUAGCAUUUCAAUGUAAAUUGAGCAUUAUAUCUUCUAACCAUUAAUCAAAUUUUACGGAUUUUUAUUGUUUUAUUAAUAACAAUAACAAAACAUAAAUAUAUCCAUCAUGUGACAGUGAAAUUUGCUUUGUACUAAUUUUCCCAAAUCAAAAAAAAAUCCUCAACCUUAAUCCCAACAAUACAGAUGAAGAGUCCAACAUUAUCACCAUCCCAAUUCCUUUGAUAGAACUCUUGUAGAGAAUUUUAGGUUAAAGAAGAUGUUAGAUAUGGAAUGUACAGAAACUCGGUUGAGGAGGGAAAGAGACACACUGGAGAAGGUGUGCGAGGAACUGGUGACUAGGAUCGAUGAACUCAAGGCAGAAACAAGGAGAAUAUGGGACUAGAUGGAGGAGGAGAGACGGAUGUUGCAAAUGGCUGAGAUGUGGAGGGAGGAAAAGGUUAGGGUUAGGUUGAGGGAUGCGAAACUUUCCUUGUAAGAAAAGUAUGAAGAGAUCAAUUGGUUUGUGGAUGACCUAGAAAAGUGUUUAGAGAUGGCUAAAGAAGUAGGAGGAGUUGAGUUGAUGAGAACGUUUGAUUAAGACGGCAAGAUUGUUGGAAGAUGCAGCUAAUGAUAUAAAUUUUGAGAAAUUAGGAAACUUCAGGAUGAGAGACGGGUUAUAAGAGGGAGCUAUGCGUGUCAAGAUGGAGAAAACAGCUCGUUUGAAAGCAGAAACAAAGGAGAGAACACUUAAAAAGUUUCUUCUUUCUCAGAAAGACGUGGUGUACACGGAGCCUCUAGAGAUUCAAGCGGGAAGAUCGGUGACGGUUUUCUACAGACCUUCGAACACGGUUUUGAAUGGGAAGCCUGAGGUUUGGUUUAGAGGCUCUUUUAAUCGGUGGACUCACCGCUUGGGUCCUUUGCCUCCUCAGAAAAUGGAGGCAGCUGAUGAUGGAAGCUCCCACGUGAAGACUUCAGCUAAGGUCCCAUUAGAUGCUUACAUGAUGGACUUUGUUUUCUCCGAGAAAGAGGAUGGUGGAGUGUUUGAUAACAGAUAUGGUUUGGACUACCACUUACCGGUAGUGGGAGGUAUCGCCAAGGAGCCACCAUUGCACAUUGUUCAUAUUGCUGUUGAAAUGGCACCCAUUGCAAAGGUAACCGUAAGACUAAAACCAGUGUAAGCUUGUCAGGAAUAGGCACAGAUGGAUAUAGACUACAAAAAACGUGUUCAUUGUCUUGCUUUUGACCCUCCAUUUCAGAUGAGUUGAGUUGAGUUUGAUUUAAGUUCAGUCAAAAGAGUGGAUGAAUAUAAAUAGGAGUGUUUUUCUUGUUCACGUGUCAUGUCAAACCAAAACUGGUAACUAAGAGGAAAGUAGAGGUUAGUCCUUCUUUUGCCCUCUUAGACAGACAUAGGUGAAGUUUUGUUGAGUCACUGAAUUGUUGUUCAUAGUUUUUUUUUUUUUUUUUCUUCAAAUUGGAAGUUAUUUCUAAUAUUUUCGAGGUGUAAUUUUUUUUUCCCAAAUCUCCAUCUAAACCAUAUUUCUCAUUAAAGUUUUGUUUAAUUAUUCAGAUUUUUUACAAUGCAAUAUUUUAUAAGAUCUUCACCAACACAAACGAUCUACUAAGAGAAAUUUUCUUUUGUUAAACAGAAGAUUGUUGUUCAAAGAAUGAAAAUAUAUAUUGAAAGAAAUUUGAUGAUGGCAUAUUUGAUGGGCGGGAGGGACUACAACCAAUAAUAAUUAUGAUUGUGGGCAUUAUUAUUAAUAGAAAAUAAUAAAAAAGUUUAGAGGAUGAAAAUUUAAACGAAUAUUGAUACAUUUUAAAUUAUUUUGAUAAAAUAUUUGUAAAUAAAAUAAUAAAUAAUACGGAAUUUUAGUAAAUCAAAAAAAAAAUAUUCAUUAAAUAAGGAUUGUAGAAGGAAAAAGAAAUAUAUGAAGGGCUUGUUUCUCAUCACUUUCUUUUUGGGCUUUGAUAUGGGCUUGGAGUCCACUUUAAACUAAAUCAAAUUGGCCCUAUAAGCAUAAUAAUCUAUAAUAAUAAAAUAAAUAGGAUUUCCCAAAUAGUGUUUGUUUGUUCGUUCGUUCGUUUCUCCAGCGAAGCGAGCUCCGACGAGGGAAUCCCUGGCGGAAGAAGAGCAAUCGUCGCCCAUGAAGAAACAGAAGGUCGAAGAGGAAGAGAAGAUAUACAGUGAUACACACGUGCCCGAGCUGGGUUGUAAACCCCAGUGGGAUGUGGACAGCUACGAUGGUCGCGAGUACGAAUCAGAUCCCGAGGAUAGAAAGUUGUUCUCUGACGACGAAGAGUAUGAGAAGUACCGUCGCGAAAGACGCAGGGCUUUCGAUAGUAAGGGUUUUAUUUAUGAACCUCUGAGCGGAAACUAUCCAAUUAAAGAUCUGGAAGCAUUAGUGUAUCCCAACGUGACUAGUCGGGAGUUGAUGACAGAUCUUGCCAACUUGUGUGUUAAGAAACUCAACGAGACUGAG